AUCAACUAGCAGAGCGGCGACAAGCGGCCAACCGGGCGGAAGGCUGUCAACGAGCGCGGUCGAGUUGGGCAAUAUGAUUAUCGAAAGCACAGCCGACAACGACGGCGAAUGAUUCGAGUUACUGACAUUCUCCACAGUCACCGACAGACCUGCGAGCCGAUACAAUAUCGCGCGCGGUGUUAUCGGAUAAAUUAUCGCGAUCGGCAGCGAUUGAGUGUUUGUGCCUCCGUAAUCCUCGGUGAAAAUCUCGGUGGUUGAUAAAAAAAAAACAAAGAGCAUGUGAUGCAAUUCGCCAAGUUUUCCCGCGGGGAUUUCCGCUCAGAAUUAACGGUGCAUCGAUUGAAUGUCGACGGUAUCAAUAUCGAUGUACAGUGUAUAAUAUAUGUAUAUUGAUAAUGCAACGCGCAACUAAUGGCCUUAGAGCAUAUAAGCGUCGGAGCGAGUCGUGGUUUUGCAGUUUUCAAUGUCACAUAUUUUUAUCAAUUUUAAAUUUAAACUUGACGGAAAUAAAUUUCCGUUUGCCAAAGUGAGAGAGAGAGUGUGUGUGUGCGUGUGGAAAUACGCGGAGGGUCUAAAAAGUCGGGUUUCGGGAGGAAAAAACUGGACGCAUGGACGCAUCCUCGAACGAUGACGCAUAUGCGGUCCUUCGGACGGGCGUGAAAGGAAAUAGAUAUGACCGUUGCAAAUCACCGUUGCUUUCCAAAUCAUAUCCGUUCUGUGUUAAAACUAGGAUGCGUUUCAUUCUAACAGAAAUCUUUUGACUCUUGCCUCUUGCGUCAGCGACGGAUACUUGAAAGAUAUCGCGUCGUGACGCGCCUGCAAAAGAAAAUUGUGCUUGAAGUCACGCUUGAAAUAGAAAUAAUUUUUAUUCGAUACUUAUAUAAUUAAUACAACGUAAAAUAGGUCCCCUCGCAGUUUCCACAACUUCCGCAAACAACGCGAAUGUAACGAACGUAAUGAAUUUUGAUUGCCGAUUCAGCGGGAUUUCGCUCCUGAUUUCUGCUUUUCUCGCGUUAAGACGCACGCGUUAAGUUAUUUCGCGACAGUUGGGACGGUGCGAACAGUUCCGCUUUGUUUGCAGCGUUCGUUAGAACAUGAUCCUUGAAAAACGCCCGAUAUUCCUCGUUCUCGCUCUCCACUUCCUCCGCGCGCUCUGCAACGAUGACGCAUUUGCGUCGAAAGGGACAACGAUCGCCGGGGACGCCGCCGGGUCGGCGAGAUUGGAUUACGAUGGGGACGCGAUGGAGAAUCCGGGGAAGAUCUACGAGGGCAUUUCUAGAUCUACGGAGAAUAGCUUCGCGAGCCACGAUGCGAUCACGACUCUCUACGGAUCCACCGUGGAACCCCUGACGACUGAUUUCCAGCCGGUCACCGAUGACGAUAAAUCCUCAUCAUCCACGACUGUCGAGCAGACUACGAGGUCCACUACUGUGCCCGACGAUGUGAUUACCGUCGAUAGUCUGAUCAAUAUGACGAUCUGCGAGCCGACGUGGCCGAUAAACGCAAGCGCGGAUACAAAGGAAGUGUUUAACUUGACGGGCGAGAUAGGCACAGAAUGGAUCUCUCUCUUGUGGGAAUCUCCGUGUGACGUGACGAACGUCUCGGUGAUAUACUCCAUCGAGAGAUGCGACGAAAAAAAUUGCACCCAGACAAAUGAGACUAAUACCUGGCAUAACGCUACCAAUCUCGAUCCAUGCACGCAGUAUGCGUUCAAGGUGAAAAUUCUUACCGAAUUCUGGGUGUCGGACGGAGUCGAUCUGUCAGCCACGACGGAUCACGCCAUUCCGGAAAUCGGGGACGUGGUCUCCCUGAGCGUGGGCAAUGUCAGCGUCAACGACAUCGAAUUGACUUGGCAGGCGCCCGAGAUGUACGCGAAAUGCAUAUCCAACUAUUGGAUUGCCCAGUGCGACGAGAAAUCCUGCAAUGAGACCACAGUUUCCGUCACGAAUUACAUCGCCAACGAUCUCGAGCCGUGCACAAAGUAUCGUUUCACCGUUAAAACGGUGACGCCGUCCGUGGAGUCCGUCGGCGUAGAUCAAACCGCGGAGACAGCCUCGCCGAUAUUGUCGGCGCCGCAGUCCUUCCACGUAAUACCCGGCAAUUUUUCGCUGUUCGUUAAAUGGGAGCCGCCGGAGUCUGGCACGGCCUGCCUCAAGCAUUAUCGUGUAACCACGAUUUCAGAGACAGACGAUUUCAAGUAUACCGACAAUACCACGAAUACGAAUGUGACAAUUUCGCAUUUGCACGCUUGCGAGAAGUAUAACGUGUUCAUCAGCGCUGUGAAUAAAGACGAUAAAGAGGAAAACAUGAUAGAUAAGAGCGGUUCCCCGCAUCCAUACAAAACAGAUCCACCAGUUUCGCAUGCUACUACAGGAGUAGUACCAAGUAUCAGAAGCCUGUUGAUAUUCUGGACCAUUAAAAAAGAGAAAAAUCAUUGCCAGCUGUUGUCUAUAAUAACUAUGUGCAAUGUUACAGAAAAAAAGGGGAAAGGUUAUGACCCUGAGAAUCGCGUGUUCAAGAUGGAUAUAGAUCACAAUACUGCUGCAGAUCCUUUUGUCGUACUAAAUAUAACCGUAAAGGAGCUAAGUCCUUUCACAAGUUACACUUGCUGGGCGCAUGUGAUUAAUAAUGGAGGAUUCAGCGACUUAAGUGACGGAGUCAAUGCCACAACGUUGGAGGACGUGCCGUCUCCACCUGAGUUUUCCAUCAAAAACAUCACAGACUCACAAUUCUCUUUAUCUUGGAAAGAACCGGAUUACUUGCCCGGUCAUUUAGAAGAAUUUGAAAUCGUUAUCGAUUGGAAAUCAGAGUAUCCGCCUCCAAAUUGGUGCCCUCGCGAAGAAGAUACAGAUUAUCCUAAAAAACUUAAUGUAAACGGCAGCGUGUUUGAGUAUGAUUUUGAAGCAAAGGCAUUCACGAGUUACAAAAUAUUUAUGAGAGCGAAAACAGGGCAAGGGUGGAGCAACAGCAGUGAUCCUAAAACAUGUUUAAGUAAUAGCGCAGUUCCAGGGGCAAUCUCGAAAUUCAAUUCUUCGUCCAUCACGAUCAGAGAAAAUUUAAAUGACACGAACGUAUUAGACACGAUUCUGACAUGGGGCCUGCCGUGUUCAUUGAACGGUGAACUCGAAUUCUUUGACAUAUUGGGGUUUGGUACCAGAGACGGAUAUCCACCCGAUUUUAUUUUCGAGAAGCACGAAUGCACGGAUUACGGUCACCACGAUUACAUGUGUUCGAUAAAUCUGAAUGAGUUGAAAGGAGAGUAUAAUUAUAAUUUCACGAUAUCCGCCAAAGUUAAGGAUAUUGAUACACUCGGAGAGCCAGUUAGUCAAAACGUGCUGUAUCCUGCCGGCAUACCACCACAGCCCAAAGAUGAAGAAAUUAAAUCUAUCACCUUGGAUCCAUAUAAGAUGCACAAAUCUACAACAACCGCCACUAUUUUGCUGCCCUUAUUCCCCAAUACCAGCGGCGAAAUCAAGUUCUACGCGAUCAUGGUGGCGAAGAUGGGGUACAAUAAAAUACAGUCGAAUAUGAGAUUCGAUAUGAAGAGGAAGUACUGGCCCAAUACGACCUCCUGGGAGGAAGCGAUGAUGAGCGAUUUCUCAAUCACGUAUCAAGCGACAAUGCCAAAGUGGAAUCCUUAUCCGAACUACAUUAUUGAUUACGGGGACUACAUGAAAGCUGUCAAGUAUAUGAUCGGCGAUGACACCACCUGCAAGGAGAUUUCGGCCAAUAACGACAAGCGGAUGUAUUGCAACGGGCCUCUUAAACCGGACACGUGGUAUCAUGUUAGAAUGAGGGCGUUUACUGACGGUGGUUACGCCGAUUCCGAGACUUUCACGAUAAAAACGAAUGCAGAACUGAAUGUCGCUCUCAUUAUCGGAGCUGUAUUCGGCAUUCUUUUCAUGGGAAUACUAGUGACGAUGAUGUUGCUCGUGCGAAGAUGCUCGCCGUACAUAGUGUUCCGAAGAUUUCUUCACUCUGACAUGCCUGGCUCGCCUGUGCCCGCGCCGUUCACCAGAAAGAAAUUCAUCAGCCAUUGUCAGCAAUUGGUGGACAAUCCUGGGAAACUGAGCAAUGAAUUUCGACUGCUUCAGACACUCAGCGUCGACUUGCAGAUGCCCACAAAUACGGCCUGUCUACAAGCUAACCGAAAGAAGAAUCGCUACUCCGACAUUUUGCCCUAUGAUUUCUCAAGAGUAAAGCUGGAAGUGAUAGAUAACGAUCCGAACACGGAUUAUAUCAACGCAUCAUUCAUAAGGGGAUAUACAGGAGAAGAUGAAUACAUAGCUUGUCAAGGUCCAAAGGAGGAAACUACUUACGAUUUUUGGAGAAUGGUCAAUCAGUAUAACGUUAAUAUUGUAGUUAUGCUGACGCAGUUGGUCGAGAAGGGCAAAGAGAAAUGUCAUCAAUAUUAUCCGACAAUAGGAGAAUCUUUUCGAUAUGAGAACAUGAUGAUACGAUGUACGAGUGAAUUAGAUUUCAGGACGCAUACCCAAAGAACGCUUAUAUUACAAAAGGAAAAUAAAAAAAGGACUAUCACUCACUUGCACUUUAAAGACUGGCCCGAUCACGAUGUUCCAGAAGAUUUCGAUGCGAUGAUCAAUUUUUGCCAAAUAAUGCGCCGCAAUAUUUCCGCUAAUAAAGGUUUUAUCGUCGUUCAUUGCAGUGCAGGGAUUGGCAGAACAGGAACGUUAAUAGCGAUAGAUAUUCUUCUGCAACAAAUUAGAGAUAAUAGGAAAUUAGAUGUAUUCGGAACUGUAUAUAGAUUGCGACAUCAUAGAAUAAAUAUGGUACAAAGAGAAAGCCAAUACGCUUAUAUAUAUAAUUGUAUAAAGCAAGUACUCAAAAAUCCUUACUUCUUAAAAACUUACAAACCACCACCAGUUGAGCCAGUAUAUGAGAACACCUCUAAGAAAGCCAAAGAUACAACAAAUUCAGACACAAAUCUAGUCAACAAUAUUGAAAUAUUAAAAAAACAUAAUUCCGUAUCUAUGGAGUCUCUGGGAUCAAUCUCCUUCAAUCUUUUUCCUCAGUCAACUUCAACAAGCAUAACAAAUAGCGAUUUGAGGCAGUGCAAAUCGACGGGUGCCAUAAAUGCAAAAACUCAUCACAUUACUGUAGGAAAAUCCCGAACUCUGGAUUGUAUCUUUAAACCACUGAGAGACUCGUCAUACAAGCUAAAUAGGGAAAAUUUAAUGCAAGAGAGUCUGCCAUUAUUAACUUGUUCAAGGUCAGCUGAUAUACUUGGCGAUAGCGUGUAAAAUGUAAUAAAUGAUAAGUGAGAGACGACUGAACUAUGUAUAAUUAUUUAUGUUAAGUUGAUCAUCGAAUGUAUAGAUAUUAGACCAAAAUAUAAACUGUAAUUACGUGUAAAUAUAACUUUAUGGAGGAUUGAUGUAUAUACUUCACGUACUAUUUUUUAUAAAUAAUCACAAACGUAUAUGCCACCAAACGUCAGAAUAUAUUAUGUGAUACUAAAUA